AAUUUUCCUUUUACUUCUCCCGCCUUCCAUAACCUCACUUCCACUUCUUUUUUGUUCUUUUCCGUUCCACGUUGUUCCUGCGCUCUACAAUCCUUUAAAUUAUGUCUUGUGCUGACUCUGUUGAACCAGUUUGUAAGAGAAGCAAAAGCGGGAUGUCUUCUUUAGAUCAAUUAAAACAAUUUACCACGGUUGUUGCGGACACCGGUGAUUUUGAGGCAAUGGAAAAGUACAAACCUACGGAUGCUACGACAAAUCCGUCUUUAAUUCUCCAAGCUGCUUCUUUGCCUCAAUACAAGCAUCUUGUUGAUGAAGCCAUUCGAUGUGGUUCUAAAAUCGGUUCAACUCUUGAUGAAAAAUUAGAAGCCGCAAUGGAUACGAUUUGUGUUUUAUUUGGGGUUGAAAUAUUAAAAAUCAUUCCAGGACGAGUUUCCACAGAAGUAGACGCUCGUUUAUCUUUUAAUACGGAUGCUAGUGUUCGGAAAGCUAUACAUUUAAUUGAGCUAUACGCCGAGCAUGGUAUCAAAAAAGAUAGGAUCUUGAUUAAACUCGCUUCAACUUGGGAGGGAAUUCGAGCUGCUCAAAUUCUCGAAAAAGAACAUGGAAUCCAUUGUAAUUUGACCCUGUUAUUUAGUAUGGCUCAAGCUGUAGCUUGUGCUGAAGCCGGAGUUACUCUUAUUUCACCAUUCGUUGGGCGCAUUUUAGAUUGGUACAUUGAAAAUACAGAUAAAAAAACUUACCAAGGUGAUGAAGAUCCUGGGGUUAUUUCCGUUACAAAAAUAUAUAAAUAUUACAAACAAUUUGGUUAUAAAACUGUCGUUAUGGGGGCUUCUUUCAGAAACAUUGGUGAAGUUAUCGCUUUGGCUGGUUGUGAUUUAUUAACCAUAAGUCCAAAAUUAUUGGGCGAAUUAGAAAAUUCCACUGCUCCAGUUCCAAGAAAACUUGGAAAUAAAGAUGAUAAAAAUGAAGAAUUGAAAAAGAUUGUUUUGGAUGAAAGCGGAUUUAGAUGGAUGUUAAAUGAGGAUCGUAUGGCUACUGAUAAGCUAUCUGAUGGGAUUAGAAAAUUUGCUGUUGAUGCUGUUAAAUUAGAGAACGUUUUAAAAAAUAUGUUGAAAAAAUAAUUUGGGUUAUGUAGAAAUUGAGGUUAGGUUUUUUCUUUAAGUAAAAAAAACUUUGUAAUAUCAGUUAAGUUUUCUUUGUAAUAAAAGAUAUAAAAAUAUAUUAUAUAACGUGAAUAAUAAAUCAAUUUUUUUUA